UGCUGCUCUCGCCCAGUGCAUUGUGGUCUGUGUGCUAAAGGAAGCUGCUGCACCGGAAUCUGAAGAAUUUGAGGUGUCCGCCAAGUCUGCUGUUCAUCGUCGCCUCGUCUCUCCGUGUCUCUAUCUGCACCGUGCUUUCGGCGGAUAGACUGUAAGGUUCAGCAAGAAGAGAAAAUGUCUCAGGCCGAAAAAAUGAAGCAGGGGCAGUUCUCCAACCCUGAGACCCCAGGGUAUGUUGGAUUUGCCAAUCUGCCGAAUCAGGUUCAUCGCAAGUCAGUGAAGAAAGGAUUUGAGUUUACGUUGAUGGUGGUAGGUGAGUCCGGACUUGGAAAAUCCACCCUGAUCAACAGCCUGUUCCUCACUGACCUUUACCCCGAGAGAGUCAUCCCUGGAGCAGCAGAAAAGAUUGAAAGAACAGUUCAGAUCGAGGCGUCCACAGUAGAAAUUGAGGAGCGAGGGGUGAAGCUCCGUCUCACCGUGGUCGACACACCAGGAUACGGAGACGCCAUCAACAGCCAAGACUGUUUCAGCACCAUUAUCAGCUACAUCGAUGACCAGUUUGAGCGCUACCUCCAUGACGAGAGCGGUCUUAAUCGUAGACACAUCGUAGACAACAGAGUUCACUGCUGCUUCUAUUUCAUCUCCCCGCUUGGCCACGGCCUGAAACCCCUGGAUGUUCAGUUUAUGAAGGCCAUUCACAAUAAGGUCAACGUGGUUCCUGUCAUCGCCAAGGCAGACACACUCACCCUCAGAGAGAGGGAGAGGCUUAAGCGCAGGAUUCUGGAUGAGAUCGAUGAACAUGGUAUCAAGAUUUACCACCUUCCUGAUGCUGAGUCUGAUGAAGAUGAGGACUUCAAAGAGCAGACCAGGAUCCUCAAGGCUAGCAUCCCAUUCGCUGUGGUGGGAUCCAACCAGCAGAUUGAGGCCAAGGGGAAGAAGGUGAGGGGUCGUCUGUACCCCUGGGGAGUGGUGGAGGUGGAGAAUCCAGAGCACAACGAUUUCCUCAAGCUGCGGAUCAUGCUCAUCACCCACAUGCAGGAUCUACAGGAAGUGACCCAGGACCUCCACUACGAGAACUUCCGCUCGGACCGCCUCAAGCGGGGUGGCAGGUUGUCCUCCCAUGGUUACAUUCUGCCUCUUUCUCCUGCAAAGGGACCGGAGCCAGAGGAAAUGGACAAGGAUAUGAUCCUGCAGGAGAAGGAGGCUGAGUUGAGACGAAUGCAGGAGAUGAUUGCUAAGAUGCAGGCCCAGAUGCAGAAUCAGGGAGCCGGAGAGGGAGAGGCGUGAAAAGUCUGCGGUGUUUGAGCCACUUCUCGAGUUUGACUAGAGGGAGACUGAUGAUAGCAGAGAAGGUGUGAAGGCCAUCUGGUUAUUGACUCGUACUGCUUGCCACUAUUUUUUAUUCCAAUCCUACAUGGGAUGUGGAGUCUUUUUUUAAUUUUACAUACAGUUAAGUAUAUUCAAACAGUGUUAAGUUUAUAUAUUUACACACAGUUCUGUUUCUUAAUUUUUUUUUAAAUUUUGUUUCAUUUCCUUAAAACUUAUGCCAGUUAUUCAAAUGAAGUCAUGUGACCUAUCUUUUAAAAUGAUGGCAUAUAUCUUGGGAUGUUCUGUUACUUUUCCAUUUUUUUUGUUCCCUUACUGUUUUUGCUCUUUAGAAAAACCAAAGUAUCACUGCUUGUAUUUGACGCUUUUAGUGCUAAAAAAAAAAAACAUCUGUCGAAGCGCGUGCUAACCUGUGCUCUGUGAAAGAGCUUCCUUGGGAGAGCCAAUCAUGGUGAAAAUAAGUAGCAGAAAUAUGCUUUUUAUGCCAUUGUUAUGCCAUUGUCUCAAUACUCUUUUUGUCGAGAGAAACCAUGAUAACAUAUUCCCUCUGGUUAAGAGACCACACAAGCUUCCCUUUAAAUAGGGUCCACCCUGCUCAGUAUUAAUCACAACACCCUCCUCAUGUGCAUGUGACUCUCGAGGCUGUCUGGUCAAAAUUCAGGUGAAUUUCCCCUCUAGUGAUGUGUUGGGAUCAGUUUCCUGUCCAAAUCUUCGUCAUUAGUGCAGUUCUCAGAUCAGUGUCUCUAAGUACAACAGAAUUCAAGUGUUUUGAGUUUGAUACAAAUUAAAUAAACUGUGACCCUCGACCUCCUCCAGUCUUCCUGUAGACCUGACAAAUGAAGGACAGGCAAAUGAGGCGUGACGCCUCUGCUUGGUGCUUUCAGUGAGCUAGAUGUAUUUAGUCCACGUCUCCUCCACUCUGUAAAGUGAAGUCAUGUGCCAGGGAGCACUAACUGUUCUGUCGUUAUUGAUGCAGUGAGAUUUAAAGAGGUAUAAACUCGUACCUAUCCCAACUGCUGAGUACUUUGUGGUUUCCUUGACCGCAGAGAUUAACAGUGACCCGAUGAGGUCAGUGUAGCCAACGUUUCCCUCACCAGCCAAGAAGUGAGUUCUUGACAUUCCUCUUUGUGCUGUUUUUAUCCAAUAUUAAAGUACCAAAUAUUGUUUUGAUGCAUAUAUUGUAAUAAAAGUUUUAUUAAACUUUA